AUAUACCAAAUGUAUAAUGAUUGAAUAAGGCAAAAUCUUUGAUAAAUUGAGUAUUAAAAAAAUAUGAGUUCCUGUCAUUCAAAUUUUGUUGGGGAAAUAGAACAUACAAAUUAUCUAUCAAAGGAUAUCGGUGCAUUAUAUUUGUCAGGUGAUUAUUCAGAUAUAACAUUAAUAGUAAGUGGUCAAAGAUUUGAUGUUCACAAAGCUAUAUUAGCUGCCAGAAGUCAAUAUUUUCGUGCACUACUUUACGGUGGAUUAAAAGAAUCUACUCAAAGCGAAAUUGAAUUAAAAGAACCUACAAUACCAGCCUUUAAAGAAUUAUUAAAGUAUAUAUACACUGGUCACAUAUCUUUAUCUAAUCAAAAAGAAGAGGUUAUUUUAGAUAUUUUGGGAUUAGUUCAUCAAUAUAGUUUCAUACAGUUAGAAUCAGCUAUUUGUGAUUAUUUAAUAGAAAUUCAUAGUCUAGAAAAUGUUUGUAUUAUAUUUGAUGCUGCACGGUUAUAUCAGCUAGAAAAUUUAAUGAAGGUGUGUUAUAGUUUUAUGGACAAAGAUGCUGCAAAGAUUAUAAAACAUAAAAGCUUUUUACAAUUAAGUUCUUGCGCCCUUAUUGAUCUCUUGGCUAGGGAUUCCUUUUUUGCUGUAGAAAUUGAAAUUUUUCAAGCAGUUCAAUCAUGGAUUGAAGCAAAUACUGGUGUUGAAUUUGAUAAAAUUUUAGAACAAGUUAGACUAAAUUUGAUAUCAAUCUCACAUUUACUAAAAAUAGUUCGGCCAACAGCAUUAGUAUCUUCUGAUGCUAUAUUAGAUGCAAUUGCAGCUAAUCUAGAGCCAAAAAAUUUACAUUUAAAUUAUAGAGGAUUGUUAUUGACAGAUGUCGACAUUGUUGGUUCAUGUAUAGAUACUGAAGUAUUACAAGGAGAAGCAGGACAUUAUCUCUUAGAUGGAGAUUGUGUAUCAUAUGAUUUGGAACGAGGAUACACAUGGCAUCAAAUAAAUGGACCUCCAGACAAUUGUAUUUUAAUUAAAUUCGGUAACCAGUGCAUAAUAAAUCAUAUGAAAAUGUUACUUUGGGAUCUAGAUUCACGCUCAUAUUCAUAUUAUAUUGAGGUAUCUGUGGAUAAAAAGAAUUGGGUGGAAGUUAUUGAUCAUUCUGAUUAUCUAUGUAGAAGUUGGCAAUAUAUAUACUUUGAACCUCGAGUUGUUUUGUAUAUACGUAUUAUUGGGACAAAUAAUACUGUUAACAAAGUUUUUCACCUAGUACGUUUCGAAGCUUAUUUUAUUCAUCACAGCGAAAAGUUAUCAAAUGGUAUAAUUAUACCAACACGAAAUGUAGCACUAAUGAAACAGGGUGCUUGUGUAAAUGAAGGUGUUAGCAGAUCACGUAAUGUCUUGUUGAAUGGAGAUUUACAAAAUUAUGAUUGGGAACGUGGUUAUACAUGUCAUCAACUUAAUUCUGGUUGUAUUCAAAUACAACUUGGGCAACCAUAUAUGAUUGAUUCAAUGCGUUUACUUUUAUGGGAUUGCGAUGAUAGAUCUUAUUCUUACUACAUUCAAGUUUCUAGUGAUUUAAAAAAUUGGGAACUUAUCGUUGAUAAAACAAAGGAAUCCUGUCGAUCUUGGCAAAUUUUACGUUUUAGUCCACCUCGUGUUGUUGUAUUUAUAAAAAUAAUUGGAACAAACAAUACUGCUAAUGGUGUUUUUCAUUGUGUUCAUUUUGAGUGCCCUGCUCAAGAAAAUGAGAUUAAUUAACAAGAUCUCAGCAUUCAAUGUUCUUAUUACCAAAUGAAUUUUUCUCAGAAAGUCUAGUUCCAUUA